CACAGAGAGAGAGAGAGGUGACAUGGAUAAGAGGGUGUUUUUUUGACAGUUACUGACAAGAGUCACAUUUGCAGCAGACAGCAGCGUGAUGGAGCCACAAGAGAUCAGAGAGGGAUACUUAGUAAAAAAGGGUACAUUGCUAAACUCCUGGAGUGCAGUGUGGGUGGUGUUGUCAGAAGAUGGAGUGGACUUCUAUAAAAAGAAAACAGACCGUUCACCUAAAGGGAUGAUCCCAUUGAAGGGAGCAACACUGAGCAGCCCUUGUCAGGAUUUUGUCAAGAGGAUGCUGGUUUUCAAGAUAACCACUGAGAAGAAGCAAGAUCACUUUUUUCAAGCCUCAUACGUGGAGGAGAGAGAGCUUUGGGUCAAGGACAUCAAGAGAGCCAUUACCUGCAUCCAAGGGGGAAAAAAGUUUGCCAGAAAGUCUACCAGACGCUCCAUUCGCCUGCCUGAAACAGUCAACCUAGCUGUGCUGUACACAGAGAUGAAAAACCAGGAUGAAGGCGUGAAAGAGUUAAAACUGGAACAGGAGAAUCGAGUCUUCAACCACUGCUUCACCGGUGCGACGGUGAUAGACUGGCUGAUUUCAAAGGAGAAGGCGAGAAAUAGACCUGAGGCACUCAUGUUGGCAACAGGGCUCAUGAAUGAGGGUUUUCUCCAGCCUGCAGGUGACUUAUCAAAAGAGGGAGCAGAAAGCGGAGAGCAAGCAGCCUUCUUAGAUGAGACAAAAGCUCUCUAUUAUUUUGCAGACAGUGGCUUCUUUUGUGAAGGCUACUCCAGUGAUGAAGAUGUUCUUCUAAAGGAAGAAUUCAGAGGAAACAUCAUAAAACAGGGCUGUUUGGUUAAACAGGGACAUAGACGGAAGAACUGGAAGGUGCGAAAAUUCAUACUCAGAGAUGACCCUGCCUAUAUACAUUACUACGAUCCUGCAAAGGCUGAUGACCCUCUGGGCUCAAUCCACCUCCGUGGGGCGGUGGUCACAGCUGUGGACUAUGUGCCUGAUGCCAAAAAAAAAGAUAUUGAUGGCAACCUAUUUGAGAUCAUCACUGCAGACGAGACUCACUACUUCCUCCAAGCUGCUACAGACCAAGAAAGAAAGGAGUGGAUCAAAGCAAUACAGAUGGUGUCAAAAAGCGGAAAAUAACAAAUAGCAUGGAGCAGCAGGGGAAUAUGUAACAGCUGCAGCGGCAUAUCGAAUGCAAAAGUUUGGCAGUUCUGUAAUUAUAUUCUGUCACCCACGUUUUUGUAUAGUUUUUAAUUGUUUUAGAGUAACUUGAAAUAUAAAGUUCUCUACACACUAUCAAACUGCAAACAUCACUUCUGCUGUAACUAAAGACAGUCAAAUUUAAUAUAAAGUGUCAUAACCAAUGUUUACUCUAUGUUAGUGAACACGAAGAUAUGAUAGCAAAGUAAAAAUGAGCUGAGGAAUAAAUAGAAUGAAUUAUAAUUAGAUAACAUUGCAAAUAUCUAUUUAUUUUAAAUAUGCUAUUCUGUAAAACUACGAUACAGCUGAGUCUCACCAAAUGACAAAAGAUAAAGGCUAAGACAGUAUGAAAGAUAAACUGGGUUUUUUUCUCCUCCUGAGUCUUAUUAUUCACUCCACUGUGGUUUUUUUGAUUUCCUCCUUCUUAACCUGCCCUUCAAAAGUCGGAGACAGUUCUAGCUAUCACACGAGCACAGUUGGUUCCUGAGCGUGAACUAACUCCGAAUCACUUUCAGCCUUCACAGUUUCACACGUUGUGGCUUACAGGCCUGCUGCAUACAUGAGACAAUUUAUCAGUGACAGAAACGACAAGCGUACACUACUAUGUGUAUUCAGAAAUGUAAUUUUAGUGCUAACGGCUAAACUGAUGAGUUCAUGAAGGCUUUUUUAGUUUUUCGCUGUUUUUUUUUUAGUUUUGUCUAUAUUAGCUGGACUAAUGCUUAUUUAUUUCAGACCUAUUUGAACGUGAGAACAUUGCCAUUCUAUUUUAAAAUCCCUGUCAUACAAGUCAAAUUUAGCAGCAUACGCCACUACAGACCAUCUAGCAUUUUAUUUUCAGGAGCGAUUAGUGGUAUUUGAGGUGGCCCUUUAUCUGGCACCUUGAUACUUGGUGUUACGCCCCAGUCUAGGGGUACAGGAACGCAACAUAAGUUUGAAAAGACUGCCCCGCCCUGGUCCCCAAAACCAUACACAGAGGGAAACCAAUUCCUUAGUGAAUCGUGUUUUAUUAUCUACACUGCAAAAAUGAAGCUCCAGGGUGAACAAAGGCCAAAAUAACAAACAAAACAAGCUAAGUCAGGAGAAGGUGCUAUCUAAAACCCUAUGUGAAAUCAAACAUCAAACAAAAGACAAGCGCUACACCUAACUCCCUAACUGAAAUAAACAGGAGAAAACAGUGCAAGGAAAAACAAUACGGCAGCUCACCCCUUCUGUUGCAGUGCUAUUUACAAUGUGCUAUGUACAAUGAAAGCUAAUAUACACACUAUAUACAAAACUCAGAAAAGCCGCACAAAUCACAAGCACAAAAGUCUCAGGUUUUGGAGGCCAGGGUCAGGUCUGCUGCUGCUGUCAGUGGCUGCCCCGGGACAACUGCUGGUGGGGGUUUGAAUGAAGAUCACAUGGCCAGGGGACCAAUCAGCAGCCAUCAGCUCAUCCACUCCGGGACCUGCAAAGACUUAAAGGCACAGACAACAACAGCCACCAAAACAGAUUAUGGACAGGGCCAUAACACUUGGGUUUAUAUCAUUUAUGUAAACUACAAAUAUGUUAAUAACCUAUCUGAUUGUGGUUUCAUUUUUCUGUGUUACACGGGACAUAGCAUUCUCUCUUUUGACACAAUGUUUUCUGAGGUGUCACUUAGAGACAACGUUACCAUAACGGAAAGGAACAAUGGCAAAAACUAUGAAGCUGCAGGUCUUUGAUAUAAAUUUGACUCAAUAAAAUAUGUUACUUUGGC